AAGUAAAAUAAUGGAAGAGCAGACUGCCAGUGAACCAUCCAGAUCGGGAUUUGUCCUGGCUGACUACGCUGUCUUUGCCACCAUGUUGUUAGUCUCUAUGGCCAUAGGACUCUUCCAGGCCCUACACAAGAGGCCAAGAGACGCCAGUGUUGAUGACUUCUUCACCGGUGGUCGGAGCAUGCCGGCAGUGCCUGUUGGGCUGUCGCUCUGUGCCAGUUUUAUGUCAGCAGUCCAGGUUCUGGGUGUUCCCGCUGAGGCUUCCCGCUAUGGCUUUAAAUUCCUCUACAUGUGCCUUGGACAAAGCAUCAACUCCCUGCUGACAGCUUACCUCUUCCUGCCAGUUUUCUUUCGACUGGGCAUCACCAGCACCAAUCAGUAUCUGAAGAUGAGAUUUGGCAGAGGGAUGCAGCUGGUGGGGAGUAUCCAGUUUCUUGUGGCGACGCUGCUUUACACAGGGAUUGUCAUCUAUGCACCAGCCUUGAUCCUCAACCAAGCUACUGGACUCAAUAUGUGGGUGUCUUUGUUUUCUACUGGGAUCAUUUGCACCCUGUACACCACACUGGGUGGCAUGAAAGCUGUGAUCUGGACCGAUGUAUUCCAGAUCAUUGUCAUGUUGUCCGGUUUUGUGGCCAUUUUAAUCCAAGGCACAGUUCUGGUCGGUGGUCCUGCACUGGUGCUGGAGAUCGCCAAGAAUGGAUCGCGCAUUAAUUUUAAUGAUUUUGAUGUUGACCCACGGCGGCGCUAUACCUUCUGGAGCCUCUCUGUCGGGGGUGCAUUUGUUUGGCUGUCCAUGUAUAGUGUAAACCAAGCUCAAGUGCAGCGGUACAUCUCCUGCAGAACAGAGAGAGAUGCCCAGUGGGCUCUGUUUGUGAACCAAGUGGGUCUGUGCUUUAUUGUGAGCAGUGCAGCAACCUGCGGCAUCGUCAUGUUUGCAUACUACAUCAACUGCGAUCCACUGAAGUCUGGAAUAAUAUCUGCUCCUGAUCUGUAUAUGCCAUACUUUGUGCUGGACAUAUUCAGAGGUCACGCAGGCUUUCCAGGUCUUUUCCUUGCCUGUGCAUACAGCGGGACUCUGAGCACAGCCUCCACAAGUAUCAACGCCAUGGCUGCAGUAACCAUGGAGGAUCUGCUGCGACCUCAUCUAGUUCACAUGACCCAGAAGAAACUGAUCCUUCUUUCCAAAGGACUGUCUUUCCUGUAUGGAGUUGGUUGUAUCACCGUAGCUGCUCUCUCCUCUUUCCUGGACUGGGGAGUUCUGCAGGGGUCAUUCACUGUUAUGGGUGUAGUCAGUGGUCCAUUACUGGGUGUAUUCAUUUUGGGGAUGUUUGUUCCAGCAGCAAACAAGCUGGGGGCAUACUCUGGAAUAGUAGUGGGCUUUUGUGUCUCUCUGUGGCUUGCUGUCGGUUCGACCCUUUACCCGCCCAGUGAGGAGACGAUGGGUGUCUUGCCCAGCUACACGGACGAGUGUCAACAUGGCAACGUCACCCUGAACAGCAGCCCUAACAAGGACCAGCACUCCAUCUCCACCCCACUUCGCCCCAAUAAUGAGGGGGGCCUGCAGAACUUCUACUCCAUGUCCUACCUCUACUUUGGUGCCAUGGCAACUAGUUCAGUUGUAUUAGUUGGGCUGAUAGUGAGUUAUGCAACAGGGCCAACAAAGAGGAGUCAUAUUAAAGAGGGUUUAUUGUGGUGGGACCUGAACAAAAAGCAAGUGGAGGUCCCAUCAGUGCGCAGAACUGGAACAAUGUCCAGGAUGUUUCCCUGUCUUCUGCACAAUUCAUGCUCGGAUACACUGCAGCCACCUGGGAACCUGAAUAGGAAUAACAGGGAAGACAAGACGACAGUUAAACCACAGCUUGUGCCUUUGAGGAACCUGCCCAGAGAUGACGCAAAUGAAAAACAGCUGACAGAUGAGGAGGAUAUGAAAGCACCACUCCGAGUGUAGAUGCUGGACA